UGGCAACCAUUUAGACGCAUUGAGAGCGAGUUGAUAGAGAAAACCUGGACUACCAAAGACUGAAAGCUGGUUUUGUAUAAUGAGUAUAAACUGCACUAGGCCUUGACUUUUGAUUUAGACGUAAUUCACAUUAUUUUGUUGAACAGAAAUAGAACAGACUGCAUUGCUCAUGAUGUGCAAUAGUCUCAGACUAUAAUGGCCUGAUAUUACUCACACUUUUUCUGAAGACACAUCUGCAGUUAAGAAAUUCUCAGGUUGUACUGCAAUUUAUUUGAAUAAGCAAGCAAAAUGGAGCACUCCUUCAAAGACGGAACUCGGACCAAUAAUGUCCAGGGACUAUGAAGAGCCUGGCCAGUCUGUAGGGAUGUUGGCUGCGGUGGAGCAUGGUCCGGUCCUCUGCAGUGACUCCAACAUCCUCUGCCUCUCAUGGAAAGGGAGAGUUCCCAAAAGUGAGAAGGAGAAGCCGGUGUGCAGGAGGCGCUACUAUGAGGAGGGCUGGCUGGCCACUGGGAACGCCAGGGGUGUUGUGGGUGUGACGUUCACAUCUAGUCACUGUAGAAGGGACAGAAAUACCCCACAAAGAAUCAACUUCAAUUUACGGGGUCAUAACAGUGAGGUUGUCCUUGUUAGGUGGAAUGAACCGUUUCAGAAGCUUGCAACGUGUGACAUGGAGGGAGGGAUAUUUGUGUGGAUCCAAUAUGAAGGAAGAUGGUCUGUAGAGCUGGUGAAUGACAGAGGUGCCCAGGUGAGUGACUUCACCUGGUCACAUGAUGGUACACAGGCCUUAAUCGCCUACAGGGAUGGUUUUGUCCUGGUGGGUUCAGUGAGCGGUCAGAGACACUGGUCGUCUGAAAUUAAUUUGGAGAGCCAGAUCACCUGUGGAAUCUGGACCCCUGAUGACCAGCAGGUGCUUUUUGGAACAGCAGACGGGCAAGUCAUAGUGAUGGACUGCCACGGCCGUAUGCUUGCCCACGUUCUUCUACAUGAGUCAGAUGGCAUAAUCAGCAUGUCCUGGAACUGCCCGAACUUCCUGGUGGAGGACAGCACUGAGAGCGAUACAGAUUCUGAUGACCCCAAUCCAGCUCAAGUGCAAAAUCUCAAACCGCUGCUCACAGUCAGCUUCAUAUCGGGAGACAUUAGUUUGAUGAACAACUACGACGACCUUUCACCUAACAUUAUACGCUCAGGACUGAAAGAUGUGGAGGUACAGUGGUGCUCUCAGGGAGACCUGCUGGCAGUGGCCGGGAUGGACUCAACCUGUGCCUCUUUAAUGAGGAAUGCCCUUGUCAAGUUCUACAAUGUCCAAGGGGAACAUGUAUACACUUUAGAAACUCCAGCCCAAAGGCCCAUCACCACGAUUUGCUGGGGUCACCGGGACUCACGGCUUUUUCUGGCCUGUGGACCAGCCCUGUACGUAGUGCGUGUAGAGCAUCGUGUGGCCAGCCUGCAGCUUCUAUGUCAGCAAGGCAUUGCCAGUGCUCUUAAAGAGGAGAGAGAUGUGGGAAAACUGAACAUGCCUUCACUCCUCUGUUCCUAUGUUACCACUGCUUUCAUUCCAACUAUCAAGCCACCCAUCCCAGAUCCGAAUAACAUCCGAGACUUUGUGAGCUAUCCGACAGCAGGGAAUGAACGCCUGCACUGCACUAUGAAACGUUCAGAGGAGAAUCCAGAAGCAGGAGGCCCCUGUUAUACCCUCUAUCUGGAACACCUGGGAGGUUUGGUUCCUAUUCUCAAGGGUCGUCGCAUCAGCAAGCUGCGACCAGAGUUUGUCAUUAUGGACCCAAAAAUGGAUGUUAAAGCAGAUGAGGUCUGUGUAAAUGGCAUGAUCUCCUACAUGACUGACAGCUGCAACUGCUCAGACUCAAGCGAUAUUGAGUUGAGCGAUGAGUGGGUUGGGCGAAAAUCGCCCAAACUUUCUAGAGGAAACAGGUCUCCUAAGCUUCCUAGGUACUCUAAACAUAUAAGAAUUAAUAUGGAAUCAAGAAAGUCUCCCAAACUUGCCCAAACAUCUCAAGAAAUGUCUAGGUCUCCUAGAUUACCAAAGAAGCCUCCAGUUCGGUCUCCGAGUCUUACUCGAAGAGAAUUUCUAGUUGAUGGCUUUAGUGAGCAUAAUUACUUGGCCCAGGUCACCUCUAACAUUUGGGGAACAAAGUUUAAGAUUGUAGGCCUUGCCUCAUUUUUGCCAGCUAACUUAGGAGCAGUUAUUUAUAAAACUAGUUUGCUGCACCUGCAACCUCGUCAGAUGACCAUCUAUUUGCCUGAGGUGCGUAAAAUUUCCCUGGAUUUCAUGAGUCUGCCAGUCUUCAAUCCCAACGUGUUCAGUGAAGAUGAAGAUGAUUUACCUGUUAUGGGACCCUCGGGAGUGUCAGCCGACAAUCCUCCUUGCACAGUUAAUAUCCCCAUUGCCCCAAUUCACAGCCCUGCUCAAGCCAUGUCACCUACACAGAGUAUAGGUCUAGUCCAGUCUCUCCUAGCCAACCAGAAUAUUCAGCUUGAUGUCCUUACCAAUCCCACCGCCACUGCAGCAGCGGCAGCUGCAGCCGUAGCAGCAACAGCAGCAGCAGCUAAUGCAACAGUAUCUGAGCAUAGUCAGGACACUGUGACAGCACAGUACACUGUGCCAACCAGAUAUUCCAACCCUGGACAGGUGAUUUUCAGCGGACUGGAAAUGAGUAACAUCCUAAGUGGAACUCUUCCUCUUCCUCCACAUCAUCUGCCACAACAACCCCACCAACAACGUCAGCAACAACAGCAGCAACAAGACCACCAACAAUCAAAACAUCAACAGCAAUUACAACCACAGCAGCAGCAUCUGAAAUUGCAACAUCAGUCACAGCAACUGCAUCAACAGUCGCUGCAGCAGCAACACAUGCAACAUCAGCAGCAACUGCAAACACAGCAGCAUCAGCAGCAACUGCAAACACAGCAGCAUCAACAGCAACUGCAACAGCAGCAUCAACAGCAACUGCAACAGCAGCAUCAACAACAACUGCAACAGCAGCAUCAACAACUACAACAGCAGCAUCAACAGCAGUUGCAACAACAUCAACAGGCAAUGCAUCAGCAGCAAAUGCAACAGCAGCAAUUGCAACAGCAGCAGCAACAGAUUCAACAGCAAGUGCAGCAGCAUCAACAACAAAUUCAUCAACAGCAUCAACAACAAUUCCAACAGCAGCAGCACCAGUUGCAGAUUCAGCAUGAGCAAAUGCAGCAGCAGCAACAACAAAUGCAACAACAGCAGCAACAAAUUCGACAGCAAAUACAGGAAAUGAGGCAGCAGCAGCAACAACUUCAACAGCAGCAUCAACAAAUACAGCUGCAACAUCAACAAAUGCAAAGACAGCAUCAACAAAUGCAGCACCAGCUUAAAAUGCAAAUGUCCCUCCAACAUCCACCUUCAGGGUAUGCUACUCUAACCCUGCAUCAAUUACAGCUGAUGCCUCAAAUUCCUCAUCCAGACCAGCCACCAGACAGAGGAGAACAAGUCCUCCCUCUUAAGAUUCCCUCACGACCACAGUCUUUCAUUGAAACUGACACCCUUGAGGUACAGAUGCGUAAAGUAAACCCUCCACCACCUUACCCAGGUACAGUGGUAUCUGCUGCAGCUGCCGCACCAACUACGGCCCCUCCUGGUCUUCUUGUUAGCAAUGAGAAUGGCACUACACUGUCAACAGAUCCAUGUUUAACUAAGGACGAAUUCUCUCUUCACCCAAUUAGCCUUCAAUACCCAACUCCACUAGGCUAUGAAAGAAUCACUACUUUUGACAGUAGCGGAAAUGUCGAAGAGGUAUGUCGCCCAAGGAGACGCCAUUUAAGGAACCAAAAUGCCUACGGGAUGCAAGGAAUGGGCAGCUCCGCCACAUUGAAAGUAACUUCAUCUGAGAACAAGAAGAUCCAGUUGCCGUACAGCUCAGCAACUCUUAGUCGCCUCUCAGUGCCUAGAUAUUCCAUACCAAGCGGAGACCCACCACCUUAUCCUGACACAUCUAACCAAAUGAACACAAUCAGAAGUUCUACACAAAGGAUUGACAGCAAUUUGAUUCAUGCCACUUUACGUCGAGAUCGCAGGGAACAGACCCUGAAGGUUUCUCAAAUGGUGGAAACAGUGACGACUCUACCGACUAAAUCCAAAAUGAACGGUUCCCUCACGCUCUCCUAUCAGCCAAGGAUACCCACAGCUUUGUAUACAUGCACUCAGUGUAGCAGUAAUAGCAGCAGCACUAGUGUAAGUGUCACUGGUGGUGGCACAAACAGCAGCGGAAUUGCUGGAGGAACUGUGGUGAGGCAAGACUUCCCACCUGGCAAAGGGGCCCAACACAGCAUGAUAAUUGUGCACUCCAAAAGUGCCUCGCCAUUAGCCUCCCAGUCCUCCUAUAACCUCCUGAGUCUCAUUGACAACAGUAGAGACAGAACUGUCUAUGUCAACUCUGCCUUUACAGAAGAUGAGACACUAAAUCAGCAGUGCCAUCUUGAAAAAUCAGUACGGCAUUUAACGCUUGGGGAUGUCAAUUUUACAGUCAAACGGCCUCCACCUUACCAAUGGGACUCACCUGCAGCAGAACAACUCUGGAUACCUCAAGAGCAAAAUUUAUUGCCUGGACCUCCAGGACCACCUCAUAAGCCACCCCCAUUUUUACUUAGCCAACCACAGCAUUUAGACAUGACCCGACUACCUUUUGUCCUUUCAACAAAGCCUCCCCCCAGUCCCAAUUCUAUGACCCUCCCUUCAGCCCAUCAGUUAUCCCUUUCACCCUUCCCAUCAGUUGUAGGGCAUGGUGGACCUCAACUACAGCCUUUGCAGAGUCCUGCACAAUCAUGUGGCCCCAAUGACAUGAUAACAUCUAGCCCUUUUAGCCAACCAGACCCAGCUUUAGUCUUACCCCCAGGCUAUCCCACAAAUUUGACCAAUCUAGGUUGUUGCACUCUGCCUCCCAUGUACCCAGGGACUAGCUCCUGCAGCAACCUUCAGCUGCAUCCAAUGAGCUUGCAUCCUUGGAGCACAUAUAGCACUUGUCCUCCCAUGCCAGACCAUUCUGCCACGCUGCCCAGUAAGACCCUUCAGGCCCUGGAGAAGCCAGUUCUCUCUCCUCCUCCACCACCACCUCCCCCACCACCUCCUCCUCCACCUCCUCUCCCUCCUCCUCCUCCACCCAUUGAGCUCUUGAACCAUCAGAGUACUUCUGAGGUGGUCGCAGAAUCUGGAGAGAGCUUUCAGGAUCAGUCCUCUCUCAAUGAGAGUCCACAAGGAGCAGAGAGGUUCAGCAAGAAGGGACGUAAGAGGCUUGACAGUAGAGCAGAAGAGGCAAAUAUGUCUGGAGUCUCUGAAGGGAAAUCCAAAAAAGAGACUCGCACACUCUCUGACUUCAAUUCCCUGAUCUCCAGCCCAAGACUUGGCAGCAGGGAAAAGAAGAAACCUAAAGGGCAGAAAGAGCCGUUGAACAAGGCCAAGAAACUGAGUAGGACCUCCAAUGAGUUCCAGGACAGCUCUGAGAGUGAGCCUGAGCUCUUCAUCAGUGGUGACGAGUUGAUGAACCAAAGCCAGAGCAGCAAGAAAGGAUGGAAGAGCAAACGCAAUCUUCGUACAGCAAACGAACUUGAGGAAAUCAAGUGCCAUAAAGCUAACGAGAGAGAGGAUCGUAGUCUUGGCAGCCAAGGCUUUGUCUAUGUCAUGGCCAACAAGCAGCCAUUGUGGAAUGAAGCCACCCAGGUUUACCAGCUUGACUUUGGAGGACGGGUGACACAGGAGUCAGCCAAAAACUUUCAGAUUGAGCUUGAUGGACGCCAGGUAAUGCAGUUUGGCAGAAUCGAUGGCAAUGCAUAUAUCCUGGAUUUUCAGUAUCCAUUCUCAGCAGUACAGGCAUUUGCUGUGGCCUUGGCCAAUGUAACUCAGAGACUUAAAUAGAAAACCUCUCCAGCAAUCUUGUCCUUGAGUACAGAUGGACUGAAAAAGAGUUUAUUGUUAAUUGCAGAUUGUGAGAAAAAUUACAUUCUCUGCUGCCAUAACGUCUUUGCAAUGUCGGUUAGUAGCCGAGAGAUCUGGUCACUCUCAGGCAAGGCGUACACAAGACGUAGACAGGUGGUCCAACUAUAGAUUUAGUGUUAACAGUACCUUUUAGUACCUUUUUGUUAACAGAGGUUCAAGCCGAUUUAAGGUUCCACCUGAAAGGUGGUACACAUCUGAAGAAGAGUUAAUAUUUGUGUAUUGAUGGAAAGUUAUUUUAUUUAAUUCACUUUUAUUGAUUUUUUCCAUGUAUUUCAUUAGUAUAUAAUGGUGUGAUUUAAAUAUAUAGAUAAUUACUAAAAUCUGUGAUGGAUGUUAGACUGUGGACUUUGUUUCCUUUUUCCCUUGAUUUCCCCAUCUCCUUUUGUGUUUGUACCUGAGAUUUAUGUGCCAAAUGUAGAUUUCCUAUGUAAAAACAUUGUAAAGUGACAGAUUUUGACAAUUGUUUGUGGUCAUCAACCAAUGAAAAUCUAGGGAGGAAAAAACUUAUGUUUGAAUGUUCUCAUCCCACGACUCACUUCCAUGAAGUGAAACAGAGGUCAUAUAUUCAAGUUAUUAUCAUAUUUUCCCAAUUGUGCCACUAUAAUGAAUGCAUUUUUAAGGUUUAAAAAUCAAUUUAAACUUUAAAUUGAACUUUUUCUUCACAAAAUGUCUUAUGUUAUAUUGCAUCAUUUGCACACUGUUAUUGCAGUAUCUCAGUAAUGUCCUUUUUGAAUGAAUAUUUGCUUUUUAAUGUUAACAGUAACAGAAAUCAAAUAUAUUAUAUUGUCAUUGUCAUGGAAGUGACAUGACAGAAAAGUGCUGUAGUUAGAUGUAUUCAUAUUGUCCAUGACACUUUAGCACGAACUAUAUAGUAUGCAUUAAUUUAGCCCAAAAAUGUCUUAUAUCACUAUAUGAAUCAAACUUAACACACUGUAUAUUAUGCAAUGAAUGGAAUCUAAAUGAAAUCGAAAGUUGAUAUGUAGGAGUUUUUCUCAUUCCUAAGUUUAAAUAGUCAACCCACAUUUGAUUUAAGUAAAGGGACAUAUUUUAUUAU